AUGACGCUCAAUACGUUGUCCUGGUGGAGGAAUGGAGAAGAGGAUGAAUCGAAGAGCUCUGCUUCCUCAAGCCUCAUGGCCGUCCUGGCCUCAGUACUCGCCGUGUCCAUCGUCUUUUACUUGUUCAGGAGGACGAAGAACGGAGCCCGUCUUCUGCCUCCGGGACCCCGAGGGUUGCCGCUACUGGGAAGCCUCCCUUUCCUCGGAUCCGAUCUCCACGUGAGCUUCGCGGAGCUCGCACGCACCUACGGCCCUGUCAUGAGCCUCCGCCUCGGCGCGAAGCUCUGCAUCGUCCUAAGUUCUCCCGAGACCGUGAAGGAGGCCCUUAGGGACCAAGACGCCAUCUUCGCCAACCACGACGGCCCCGUGGUGGCGCUCGUCCAAACCUACGGCGGUAAGGACAUGACCUGGGCGCCCUACGGGCCUCAGUGGCGCAUGCUCCGAAAGGUGACCAUGCGGCAGCUGCUCAGCCCGGCCACCAUCGACGGCCUCUCCGUCAUGCGCCAGGGCGAGAUUUGGAGGAUGGUGGAGGAAAUCCGAGGGAAAGCAGGCCAGCCCGUGAAUCUGCGCGAGCUGGUGUCCGCCGCGACAUUCAACGUGACGAUGGUGAUGCUGUGGGGGGCCUCAUUGGCGCAUAAAGGGGAGGAGAGGGACGCCCUUGGGAGGGAGUUCGGAAAGGCCGUGGAAGACAUGGUGGACCUGUUGGGCGCCCCCAACAUCUCUGAUUUCUACCCUGCCCUAGCCUGGCUCGACCUGCAGGGUCUGGUGCGGCGGAUGCGAAGAUUCCUCUUAUUGGCCGACCGCAUCUUCAAUUCCGUCAUCGAGGAGCGGUUGAUGAUGAUGGAGAGCUGUCGAGAGGGAGACCCGGCGGCGGCCAUGGAUAAGAAGAACAGGGAUUUCCUGCAGGUGAUGUUGGACCUCGUACAGAACCCUGACCCCCAAGCGCCCAUGACCAUGGACAAUACGAAGGGCUUGCUCCAGGUGACCUCCUCAUCAUCCUCUCCUUGACCAAAAAUUUUGUUCGACAUCUUUUAAAUAUUCAAUUAAAAAAUGCUUCCUGCAGAACAUCUUAAUACACUUGAUUGCUAAGUUGGGCCUAUGAUACUCAAAUUGAUAAUACCCCUUGCUCGAUGCUCACCUUUGUGUGAAACCGGGCCGACAGGACCUGGUGGCCGGGGGGACAGAUACCACGUCGACGACGGUGGAGUGGGCCAUGGCCGAGCUUCUCAACGACCCCGAGAGAAUGAAGACAACACAAGCGGAGAUUGCCGCUGUGGUCGGGGAGGGCAACGCCGUCGAAGAAGUUCACCUCCCCCGCUUGCGGUACCUCGACACCGUGGUCCGGGAGACCCUCCGCCUCCACCCAGUUCUGCCUCUGUUGGUGCCCCGGCGCCCCAGCACCACCUGCACUGUCGCCGGCUACAGAAUCCCUGAAGGAACCAAGGUAUUCGUCAACGUGUGGGCUAUACACAGGGACCCUCAAGUAUGGGAGAACGCCUCCGAGUUCAAGCCGGAGAGAUUCCUGCACGAAGCAGGCACAGUGGAUUACAGCGGCAACACAUUCCGCUACCUCCCUUUCGGAACCGGCAGAAGGAUCUGCCCCGGCAUCUCGCUGGCGGAGAGGAUGGUGAUGUUCAUUCUUGCAUCGCUGCUGCACUCGGCAGACUGGACUCUGCCGGCGGGGGUGGCCCCUGAUCUCAACGAGAAGUUUGGGCUUGUGAUGAGAAAGGAGAAGGCCCUCGUCGCCGUCCCCAACCCGCGAUAA